CAGAUGUUAGUGUCACAUUAAUUGUCAUCGGGAUACAUUUUAUUUUAAGGAAAAAAGGAAAUUAUACCACAGGAUUAGUGCUUUCGUCUGACUGCAUUUUUAUUGCAGUUGCUACUUUCAUAACUAUUUAAAAUACCAAAGUUUGCACUCGCGUUGCUUCAUAAUUAUACAUUGGUGGUACUUGAUAUCAGAGUUUACUAACGUUUAUAGUUGUUUACAAGUGCUGCCAUAAUGUCUUUCCAAUCACCUAUGCCAAGCAGAGAGUUCUUGUGGGAUAUAUUUAGAAGAGUUGAUAAGGACCGCAGUGGUUACAUAUCCGCUGAUGAAUUACAACAAGCAUUGUCUAAUGGCACAUGGAAUCCAUUCAACCCAGAAACAGUCCGCCUUAUGAUUGGUAUGUUUGACAAGCAAAACAGAGGAGUUAUAUCAUUUGAGGAUUUUGGAGCGUUAUGGAAAUAUGUCACGGAUUGGCAGAACUGUUUCCGUUCAUUUGACAGAGAUAAUUCUGGUAAUAUAGAUAAGCAAGAGCUAAAGAAUGCGCUCACUGCGUUCGGAUACAGAUUAUCUGAUGAAGUUGUAACUAUAAUGGUACAUAAGUUUGAUAGAUUUGGGCGAGGCACUAUUUUAUUUGACGACUUCAUACAAUGCUGUGUCACACUAUAUACUCUUACAUCUGCAUUCCGUCAGUUUGACACAGAUCAAGAUGGAGUUAUAACUAUCCACUAUGAACAAUUCCUCAAAAUGGUGUUUGGUCUAAAGUGUUGGCCGUAAGCCGUACAUCGAUGUUGCCAUGGUCAAAUAUUCUUCAUAAAGGUUUGGGUUAUAUAAAUAAAUACUUUUCCUUCAUUUAAAUUUUAAAACUCAUCUUUUUGCAUUAUGUAGAUGGUAGUAACUAUCGCUUCAAAUAUCCUUUUAAGAUAUAAGUAAAUCAAAAUACAUUUUUUAAUUGUUGUAUUUAAGAAUUAAAUUGUAUUGAAAUUUGAAAAAGCGACAUUGGCCAUGUGCUAACUUCUCUCUGUUUUAAAUACAUUAAUUUUCUUUUGAAUUAAAAAUCUAUUGCUUCUAUUAAAUACUAGAAACUUAACAUGCAACAUCUCGUGGCUGUUGUUGUAAUAUUUUGUGAAUUAUAACUUAUAGACUGAGCAUGUUAAUUUUGUACAAUGAUAUUGUUAUUAUAAACAAAUUUGAAGGUACAUAUUAUGUGUUACAUAUAAUUACCCAUCGAUUAUUGUGUUUAUUAUUUUAUAAACAUUUCAUGCAUACA